UCAUGUGACUUCGUUUGGUAGGAAAUACAGGGAACUGAAAAGAUGUAUUUCCUUGUUGUGUCCCUGCUUGUAACAGUGACAGCAGCACAUAAUUUGUUAUUUGUACCAAGAUUAGCUCAGUCAGUAGUGUGUCCAGAUAAAAAGCAUGAGUGUCCCACAGGAAAUACUUGCUGUCCAUUACCUAAUAUGCAGUUUGGAUGUUGUCCAGCACCAAAUGCUGUUUGUUGCCCUGGUGGAAAAUAUUGCUGUCCAUUUGGAUCUAAAUGCUUGACAACAUCAGCUUCUUGUCAGAGAGGAAAUGAAGUGUUUCCAUGGUUACAGAAAUCUCAAGCAAAGGUUAUCACUAAAUUGGCAUCAACAAAUAAACCUCAUAUUAUUGUAAAUGAUAUCAGUGCAAAGGCUGAUGUUACCAGAGUUUUGGAUCAAAAGAUUGGUAAUGUUAUGUGUCCUGAUGGAAAAUCAGCAUGCCAGACCGGGCAAACUUGCUGUAACAAGUCAAAUGGAGAAUAUGCUUGCUGUCAAUUGCCAAAUGCUGUUUGCUGCUCUGACAAAAUACAUUGCUGUCCAGAAGGGGACACAUGUGACUUGUCCAUAGGGAAAUGUAAGAGUGGAAACUUGGUAAUGGAUUUGUUUGAGAAAGUUGAAGCACUGAAAAUGAAGUCUGUGAUGUGUCCAGAUGGUAGAUCAGAAUGCUCUGAUGGCCAAACAUGUUGUCCAUUAGAUGGUGGGAAAUAUGGCUGCUGCCCAAUACCAGAUGCUAAGUGCUGUAGUGAUCAUGUCCACUGCUGCCCACAAGGUUAUAUUUGUGAUGUCAUACAGCAACAAUGUGUUGGUAAACGAGCGCAAAGAAUACAUUGGUUUAAAACCCUUCCUCCACAUCCGUUAGUCAAGAAAGACAUGACUACAGAUGGUAAUGUUAUAUGUCCUGAUGGUGGGUCAGAAUGUAAAACAGGUCAGACAUGUUGUAAACUAGCAUCCGGUCAGUAUGGUUGCUGUCCUAUACCUAAGGCUGUCUGUUGUACUGAUGGUAGACAUUGUUGUCCUGAGGGAACUACCUGUGAUGUGUCAUCUGGGAAAUGUAACCGUAGAGACAUGACUGUUAUAGACUGGUUUAAAAAAGUUCCUGUCGAUGUUGCAAGUGUGAAAUGUCCUGAUGGUCAGUCAGAAUGUAAAACAGGACAGACCUGUUGUAAACUAGCAUCUGGUCAAUAUGGUUGUUGUCCAAUACCAAAGGCUGUUUGUUGUACUGAUGGUAAACAUUGUUGUCCUGAGGGAACUACCUGUGAUGUGUCAUCUGGAAAAUGUAACCGUGGAGACAUGACUGUAAUAGACUGGUUUGAAAAAGUGCCUGCCAAUGUUGGAAGUGUGAAAUGUCCUGAUGGUCGGUCAGAAUGUAAAACAGGACAGACCUGUUGUAAACUAGCAUCUGGUCAAUAUGGUUGUUGUCCAAUCCCAAAGGCUGUCUGUUGUACUGAUGGUAAACAUUGUUGUCCUGAGGGAACUACCUGUGAUGUGUCAUCUGGAAAAUGUAACCGAGGAGACAUGUCUGUUAUAGACUGGUUUGAAAAAGUGCCUGCCAAUGUUGGAAGUGUGAAAUGCCCUGAUGGUCGGUCAGAAUGUAAAACAGGACAGACCUGUUGUAAACUAGCAUCUGGUCAAUAUGGUUGUUGUCCAAUCCCAAAGGCUGUCUGUUGUACUGAUGGUAAACAUUGUUGUCCUGAGGGAACUACCUGUGAUGUGUCAUCUGGAAAAUGUAACCGAGGAGACAUGUCUGUUAUAGACUGGUUUGAAAAAGUGCCUGCCAAUGUUGGAAGUGUGAAAUGCCCUGAUGGUCGGUCAGAAUGUAAAACAGGACAGACCUGUUGUAAACUAGCAUCUGGUCAAUAUGGUUGUUGUCCAAUCCCAAAGGCUGUCUGUUGUACUGAUGGUAAACAUUGUUGUCCUGAGGGAACUACCUGUGAUGUGUCAUCUGGAAAAUGUAACCGUGGAGACAUGUCUGUUAUAGACUGGUUUGAAAAAGUGCCUGCCAAUGUUGGAAGUGUGAAAUGCCCUGAUGGUCAGUCAGAAUGUAAAACAGGACAGACCUGUUGUAAACUAGCAUCUGGUCAAUAUGGUUGUUGUCCAAUCCCAAAGGCUGUCUGUUGUACUGAUGGUAAACAUUGUUGUCCUGAGGGAACUACCUGUGAUGUGUCAUCUGGAAAAUGUAACCGAGGAGACAUGUCUGUUAUAGACUGGUUUGAAAAAGUGCCUGCCAAUGUUGGAAGUGUGAAAUGCCCUGAUGGUCGGUCAGAAUGUAAAACAGGACAGACCUGUUGUAAACUAGCAUCUGGUCAAUAUGGUUGUUGUCCAAUCCCAAAGGCUGUCUGUUGUACUGAUGGUAAACAUUGUUGUCCUGAGGGAACUACCUGUGAUGUGUCAUCUGGAAAAUGUAACCGUGGAGACAUGUCUGUUAUAGACUGGUUUGAAAAAGUGCCUGCCAAUGUUGGAAGUGUGAAAUGCCCUGAUGGUCAGUCAGAAUGUAAAACAGGACAGACCUGUUGUAAACUAGCAUCUGGUCAAUAUGGUUGUUGUCCAAUCCCAAAGGCUGUCUGUUGUACUGAUGGUAAACAUUGUUGUCCUGAGGGAACUACCUGUGAUGUGUCAUCUGGAAAAUGUAACCGAGGAGACAUGUCUGUUAUAGACUGGUUUGAAAAAGUGCCUGCCAAUGUUGGAAGUGUGAAAUGCCCUGAUGGUCGGUCAGAAUGUAAAACAGGACAGACCUGUUGUAAACUAGCAUCUGGUCAAUAUGGUUGUUGUCCAAUCCCAAAGGCUGUCUGUUGUACUGAUGGUAAACAUUGUUGUCCUGAGGGAACUACCUGUGAUGUGUCAUCUGGAAAAUGUAACCGUGGAGACAUGUCUGUUAUAGACUGGUUUGAAAAAGUGCCUGCCAAUGUUGGAAGUGUGAAAUGCCCUGAUGGUCAGUCAGAAUGUAAAACAGGACAGACAUGUUGUAAACUAGCAUCUGGUCAAUAUGGUUGUUGUCCAAUCCCAAAGGCUGUCUGUUGUACUGAUGGUAAACAUUGUUGUCCUGAGGGAACUACCUGUGAUGUGUCAUCUGGAAAAUGUAACCGUGGAGACAUGUCUGUUAUAGACUGGUUUGAAAAAGUGCCUGCCAAUGUUGGAAGUGUGAAAUGCCCUGAUGGUCAGUCAGAAUGUAAAACAGGACAGACCUGUUGUAAACUAGCAUCUGGUCAAUAUGGUUGUUGUCCAAUCCCAAAGGCUGUCUGUUGUACUGAUGGUAAACAUUGUUGUCCUGAGGGAACUACCUGUGAUGUGUCAUCUGGAAAAUGUAACCGUGGAGACAUGUCUGUAAUAGACUGGUUUGAAAAGGUUCCUGCUAAUGUUGGAAGUGUGAAAUGUCCUGAUGGUCAGUCAGAAUGUAAAACAGGACAGACCUGUUGUAAACUAGCAUCUGGUCAAUAUGGUUGUUGUCCAAUACCAAAGGCUGUCUGUUGUACUGAUGGUAAACAUUGUUGUCCUGAGGGAACUACCUGUGAUGUGUCAUCUGGAAAAUGUAACCGUGGAGACAUGACUGUAAUAGACUGGUUUGAAAAAGUUCCUGCUAAUGUUGGAAGUGUGAAAUGUCCUGAUGGUCAGUCAGAAUGUAAAACAGGACAGACAUGUUGUAAACUAGCAUCUGGUCAAUAUGGUUGUUGUCCUAUACCAAAGGCUGUCUGUUGUACUGAUGGUAAACAUUGUUGUCCUGAGGGAACUACCUGUGAUGUGUCAUCUGGAAAAUGUAAUCGUGGAGAAAUUGCUGUAUUGGACUGGUUUGAAAAAGUUCCUGCUAAUGUUGAAAGUGUGAAAUGUCCUGAUAGUCAGUCAGAAUGUAAAACAGGACAGACCUGUUGUAAACUAGCAUCUGGUCAAUAUGGUUGUUGUCCAAUCCCGAAGGCUGUCUGUUGUACUGAUGGUAAACAUUGUUGCCCUGAGGGAACUACCUGUGAUGUGUCUUCUGGAAAAUGUAACCGUGGAGAAUUUGCUGUAUUGGACUGGUUUGAAAAAGUUCCUGCUAAUGUUGGAAGUGUGAAAUGUCCUGAUGGUCGAUCAGAAUGUAAAACAGGACAGACAUGUUGUAAACUAGCAUCUGGUCAAUAUGGUUGUUGUCCAAUACCAAAGGCUGUCUGUUGUACUGAUGGUAAACAUUGUUGUCCUGAGGGAACUACCUGUGAUGUGUCAUCUGGAAAAUGUAACCGUGGAGACAUGACUGUAUUGGACUGGUUUGAAAAGGUUCCUGCUAAUGUUGGAAGUGUGAAAUGUCCUGAUGGUCAGUCAGAAUGUAAAACAGGACAGACAUGUUGUAAACUAGCAUCUGGUCAAUAUGGUUGUUGUCCAAUACCAAAGGCUGUCUGUUGUACUGAUGGUAAACAUUGUUGUCCUGAGGGAACUACCUGUGAUGUGUCAUCUGGAAAAUGUAACCGUGGAGACAUGACUAUAUUGGAUUGGUUUGAAAAGGUUCCUGCUAAUGUUGGAAGUGUGAAAUGUCCUGAUGGUCGAUCAGAAUGUAAAACAGGACAGACAUGUUGUAAACUAGCAUCUGGUCAAUAUGGUUGUUGUCCAAUACCAAAGGCUGUCUGUUGUACUGAUGGUAAACAUUGUUGUCCUGAGGGAACUACCUAUGAUGUGUCAUCUGGAAAAUGUAACCGGGGAGACAUGACUGUAUUGGACUGGUUUGAAAAGGUUCCUGCUAAUGUUGGAAGUGUGAAAUGUCCUGAUGGUCAGUCAGAAUGUAAAACAGGACAGACCUGUUGUAAACUAGCAUCUGGUCAAUAUGGUUGUUGUCCAAUACCAAAGGCUGUUUGUUGUACUGAUGGUAAACAUUGUUGUCCUGAGGGAACUACCUGUGAUGCGUCAUCUGGAAAAUGUAAUCGUGGAGAAAUUGCUGUAUUGGACUGGUUUGAAAAGGUUCCUGCUAAUGUUGGAAGUGUGAAAUGUCCUGAUGGUCAGUCAGAAUGUAAAACAGGACAGACAUGUUGUAAACUAGCAUCUGGUCAAUAUGGUUGUUGUCCAAUACCAAAGGCUGUCUGUUGUACUGAUGGUAAACAUUGUUGUCCUGAGGGAACUACCUGUGAUGUGUCAUCUGGAAAAUGUAAUCGUGGAGAAAUUGCUAUAUUGGACUGGUUUGAAAAGGUUCCUGCUAAUGUUGGAAGUGUGAAAUGUCCUGAUGGUCAGUCAGAAUGUAAAACAGGACAGACAUGUUGUAAACUAGCAUCUGGCCAAUAUGGUUGUUGUCCAAUACCAAAGGCUGUUUGUUGUACUGAUGGUAAACAUUGUUGUCCUGAAGGAACUACCUGUGAUGUGUCAUCUGGAAAAUGUAACCGUGGAGACAUGUCUGUAAUAGACUGGUUUGAAAAAGUUCCUGCCAAUGAUGGAAGUGUGAAAUGUCCUGAUGGUCGGUCAGAAUGUAAAACAGGACAAACCUGUUGUAAACUAGCAUCUGGUCAAUAUGGUUGUUGUCCAAUACCAAAGGCUGUUUGUUGUACUGAUGGUAAGCAUUGUUGUCCUGAGGGAACUACCUGUGAUGUGUCAUCUGGAAAAUGUAACCGUGGAGACGUGUCUGUUAUAGAGUGGUUUGAAAAAGUGCCUGCCAAUGUUGGAAGUGUUAAAUGUCCUGAUGGUCGGUCAGAAUGUAAGACAGGACAGACAUGUUGUAAACUAUCAUCUGGUCAAUAUGGUUGCUGUCCAAUACCUAAGGCUGUCUGUUGUACUGAUGGUAAACAUUGUUGUCCUGAGGGAACUACCUGUGAUGUGUCAUCUGGAAAAUGUAAUCGUGGAGAAAUUGCUGUAUUGGACUGGUUUGAAAAAGUUCCUGCUUAUGUUGAAAGUGUGAAAUGUCCUGAUGGUCAGUCAGAGUGUAAAACAGGACAGACAUGUUGUAAACUAGCAUCUGGUCAAUAUGGUUGUUGUCCAAUACCAAAGGCUGUUUGUUGUACUGAUGGUAAACAUUGUUGUCCUGAGGGAACUACCUGUGAUGUAUCAUCUGGAAAAUGUAACCGUGGAGACAUGACUGUUAUAGACUGGUUUGAAAAAGUUCCUGCUAAUGUUGGAAGUGUGAAAUGUCCUGAUGGUCGAUCAGAAUGUAAAACAGGACAGACAUGUUGUAAACUAGCAUCUGGUCAAUAUGGUUGUUGUCCAAUACCAAAGGCUGUUUGUUGUACUGAUGGUAAACAUUGUUGUCCUGAGGGAACUACCUGUGAUGUGUCAUCUGGAAAAUGUAACCGAGGAGACAUGACUGUAAUAGACUGGUUUGAAAAAGUUCCUGCUAAUGUUGGAAGUGUUAAAUGUCCUGAUGGUCGGUCAGAAUGUAAAACAGGACAGACAUGUUGUAAACUAGCAUCUGGUCAAUAUGGUUGCUGUCCAAUACCAAAGGCUGUCUGUUGUACUGAUGGUAAACAUUGUUGUCCUGAGGGUACUACCUGUGAUGUGUCAUCUGGAAAAUGUAACCGUGGAGACAUGACUGUAAUAGACUGGUUUGAAAAAGUUCCUGCAAAUGUUGGAAGUGUUAAAUGUCCUGAUGGUCGGUCAGAAUGUAAAACAGGACAGACAUGUUGUAAACUAGCAUCUGGUCAAUAUGGUUGUUGUCCUAUACCAAAGGCUGUGUGUUGUACUGAUGGUAAACAUUGUUGUCCUGAGGGAACUACCUGUGAUGUGUCAUCUGGAAAAUGUAAUCGUGGAGAUGGAAGUCAAAUUGCCUGGUUUACAAAAUUAGAGGCAAAGGUUGAUACCAUCACUUGUCCUGACAACUCAUCUACAUGUAAAAAUGGACAGACUUGUUGUAAAGCUGGAAAUAAUAAAUAUGCUUGUUGUCCACUGGCACAGGCUAUUUGUUGUGAUGAUAACCUUCACUGUUGUCCUCAAAACACAAAAUGUAACAUCAAAACCAGUAGCUGUGAUUUACUGUUAAGUGCUAGUCAACCUCUAUUAUCAUUGGAGACUCAUUUACAGACUGUUACUUGUCCUGACGGGCAAACAGUAUGCCCAGAUAAAAAUAUAUGUUGUAAAACAGGUAGUAGUGGAUACUCAUGCUGUCCUUACUCCAAUGGUGUUUGUUGUACAAACUCAAAAUAUUGCUGUCCACACACAUAUGUAUGUGAUGAAGAACCAGGAAUCUGCCGCAUUCCUUACACAUAUGGACUGGUACACAUGCCAAAACCUGUUGUUGGGAAACCAUUACUCUAAGAAAAGACUGUUGGUUUAAUAGUAUACAAUAUCUCGGCUUGUUUAGACUUAUUGUUUGUGUACUGUCCUUUUUUGUUUGUCAAUUUGUCUGUUUGUCCAUUACUGCAACAGACGAUUAUGAUAUUGUUGUUUUAUAUCUUUUGUUGUUCUGCAUAUCAUUUUUGGGUAAUAUUGGUUUUUUAUGGAUCUUUUCGUAUAGAGCAGUUUGACAUAACAAAAUCACAUUCAUUGGAAUGGAACAACAUUGCUUGAUUCUUAUCAUUGUAGAUUUUAUUUCAUUUUUAAUGUAACUGCAAAUGUUUGAGUUCUCAUAAACAGAAGUGUGUUAAUGUUUAAAACAACACCUUACAAAAUUGCUACAUGUAUAAACAUGUGUAGUUGUGCAUUAUAAAUGAAUGAUUAUUUUUUCGCCAUGUUGCAUGGAGUGUUAAUCCAUCAUACUGUAUGGUACAUUUCAGACAAGUAGGCAUAUGAUGAAAUGAGUGGAAAAAGGAUACUUAUUUCAUGUCAUUUAAUAUAUACAACAAACUCAUUAUUUUUAUAACAACACUGAGCCUUCAUACUUAAAAUUUGCACAUAGUUCAUAGUUUUUUAGGAUUUUGUAAUUGUAAAAUAGUCGAUGUUUAGCAACUUUCAUAGUAGAGGGUACAACCCAAUUGUGUGUAUAUCUCCUCCUUGAAUUUAAUUCAGAACUUCAAAUUUAAAAACAUUUCUUUAUUUAUUAUAUACCUUUUUUUUAACAUACUUGGGAAACCUUUUGCAGAUUUUUUAUAGAGUGAAACUUCAUCAAUUUUCAGCAAAUUUCGCAAUGGUUGAUACAAAUUACCAAUUUUAUUUCAUCAAUUCCUGCAGUUUUUAACCCAGAACCUUUUAGGUUUUCUAGAAUUUUGUAUAAACAUUGCAGAUGUGAACUUUACUUUGUGAAAUUUGUGGAUAUUUGUUGCAGCUUACCAAGAUCAUUUAACUAAGUCAAUAUACAAAGCAUUCCAGGUGCAUGGUAAAAUUUUUUAUCAUAAUUUGGUCUAUUUUAGCUACUUGGAGAUUGCAGUUUUAAUUAGUCUAAAAGAAGUCUGUAGAUAUUUAAUUUCCUUACUUGCAUUCAAAUAAUUGAUUCCUAAAGCAUAUCAAUACUUAUGCAAGUACUACUUAUAUACACAAAUCAUCAGUAUUACAUCCCUACCAUUUUAGUCUUUUACCUAUUAUUGUCAAUAUUUAAAAUAUUUUUUUGGAAUAUAGAAAGAAGGAAAGGGGGAAUGAAGAGACUUGUUUUUUUUUCAGUAUGAAAAACAAAUAUUUAUAAGUAUUUUUAGUCCUCAAAAUGUAAAUAUUAUUGAUGCUUUACAUACAUUAGUAAGUGGUAAUAAAUGGUUCUAAAAUAAAGUUCACAUGCUUUUGAUUUUAGUAUAGUUCUGUAAACACAUUGUGACUGAUUGCAUCUCCUUGUUUCAUUGUUUUUGAAUAACUAUGAGAGUAUGAAUGUUGAAAUGUGUGAUUUUGAAUUUAAGUCUUUUAUUAUUUUGUAUUAAAAGGAGGACAUAGCUAAUAUCAUGAUGUAGUCAAGAAUUGACACAUACAUAUCUUCUGUCAAUAUGUGUGUAGAUAAAGCAAAUAUCUAAGUAAUAUCUCUUGUUACAAACAGUUUCUAUAUACAUAUUUUGAAUGUUUUUCAUGGACCAAUGAUCCAGUUACAUUUUAUUUCGCACUAAUUGGAUCACAAAUAUUGUAGAGAUCUGUGUGCAUUUUGUGCAUGCAAGUGUGGUUGAAUGUGCUUUGCUAUUCAAAAAAGUUAAAAAUCAUGUAUGGAUUACAUGUAUUUCAGACGAGUUAAAACUGUUUAUAAAAUUUGUAUGAAUGAUAUUAUAGAAGAUAUAUUUUAUUCUUAAUAUAGCAUUUAAAAUAUUCCUCAUAUGCAAAUUGUUCAGAAAAUCUCUCAAUCAUUUUUAGCUCACAAUGAAAAUGUAGGAUUAUUUAAUUGUUAAAUAGAUCUGAAUCAGGUCUGUUCAAAUGUUAGAAAGACGGUUGCACAUAUAAGAACUUUCGGUUGAUGAAAGUUAUAAAAUAUAACACAAAACAAAACAAAAUACCCCUUACACGAAUAUACAAUAAUGUCAGUUAGACAAAUAAGAAAAUAAAUUAUCUGAAAUAAAUCUAAAAUGGUAUAAAGAUAUGUCAACAAUUUUAGUGUGCAUGGCACAUGCAUAUUUAUAGAGACAGAGAAAAUGUGAAUCCCAAUUGCAAUAUCAGAGAGGAAAUCCUGUAAUUACAUAUAUUGGCUGUUAAUGGUUAAAACUUAAUGACAUUUCUCCUUAAAAUUUGUAUAAAUUAUUGGGUUUUUUUUUUCAAGUAAACAUCGACCUAUCACUGAUAAGUUUCAUAGUAUCUUGAAAAGAGAAAAACAAAGAGUCUAAAUGUGAAUAAAAGAGAUAGAAGAUUAUUGAGUAAUCCACACUGUGAUAUUUUAAUGUUGAAAGUCACAUUCCCUUACAUAAUUUGUAUUUUGACUUCAUAUCACUUGUACUUGAAUAAACUAUAUUUAUAAAUACA